UAUGAAGUGGCAUUGUGUACUGUGAUCGUACACGUGCAGAAUUUUAACAGAAUCUGAGGUGAAAUUCGUUGUUGGAGAUUUAAGUGACUUGAUCUGAUUUAGGAUAUCUGUACAUUGGUGGACUGGAAUAAAAGGUGGGUGGAUUCCGAAAUACAGUCAGUGAGCAACGGGUGACUCCAGCUGAUACAGACUCGCCACCAGAUACAACAUGGGUUUGCUGCUGCUUUCAACUACCUUUUUAUAUCUUCUUGUGAUCGAUGCUACAUUUGCGGCCAAAGUUCCUGCUGGCUCCGAGUGUCCUGAGAGCAGCAGUGGCAACACCUGUGACGAUGAUACAGUGUGCGAUAAAGUGCAUGGAAAAUGCUUGCUGAAGGUAGGCAAGGCCUGUACCGGAACAAAUCAACAUAACUGUGUUUUCGGGGCAUCCUGUGGAGCUACUAACUGUGAAUGUGGUGCUGGUUAUACAGAGAAAAGCGAGAUUUGUGCACCACAACACAGUGGAACUGUUGGCUUUGACUGUUCGACAAAUGCAGCUCUAUGUACCACUCCUAAUUCAGAAUGUAGUGAUCAGGGAGCCUGCAAAUGCAAGACUGGAUUUGUGAUUAAUAUAGCCGAUGGACAGUGUGACCACGAUGUGGGAACACCUUGCACUACAGGAGACACAUGUGUGGCCGCUUCUGUCUGCGACAACGUUGCAGAAAAAUGCUUGCUCAAGGCUGAUCAGUCAUGUACAGCAGAAAACGAAAAGAACUGUGUUUCUGGAGCAUCUUGCCAAGCAAAUGGCUGCACAUGCGGAGCUGGCUACACAACACACACUGAUAAAACUUGUACACCUAAGACACCUGGAACCGUUGGCUUUGAUUGCACAUCUAACGAUGAUUUAUGCACAACUGCCAAUUCUGAGUGCAGCAGCCUGAAAGCCUGCAAAUGCAAGGAUGGAUUUCUGCUAAACAUUGCAAAUGGACAGUGUGACGGCAAUGUGGGUACACCUUGUACUACGGGAGACACGUGUGUGGCCUCUUCUGUCUGCGACAACGUUGCGGAGAAAUGCUUGCUCAAGGCUGAUCAGUCAUGUACAGCAGAAAACGAAAAGAACUGUGUUUCUGGAGCAUCUUGCCAAGCAAAUGGCUGCACAUGCGGAGCUGGCUACACAACACACACUGAUAAAACUUGUACACCUAAGACACCUGGAACUGUUGGCUUUGAUUGCACAUCUGGUGUGAGUGUAUGCACAACUGCCAAUUCUGAGUGCAGCAGCCUGAAAGCCUGCAAAUGCCAGAAUGGAUUUCUGCUAAACAUUACAAAUGGACAGUGUGACCACGAUGUGGGAACACCUUGCACUCCAGGAGACACGUGUGUGGCCUCUUCUGUCUGCGACAACGUUGCGGGAAAAUGCUCAAUAAUCCACGGGGAGUCAUGUCCUACUGGUAGUGACAAGUGCGUGUCCAACGCUGCAUGUGUUGAUAAUGUCUGUAAAUGCGAUGCAACCAAAGCGAUUUCUUCUACUGCAGGCUUGUGCCUGCUUAAGACAGGUCAGGCCUGUACUGUGAAGAGCUACUGUGUUGUCGGUGCAACAUGCAAGUCAACGUGUCAAUGCUCCAACGACUUUGCGGAAAACGCUGCUACGAAGCUGUGCGAAGCCAAGGCUGGAACUGCUUGUUCGUCAGAUGUCCCCUGUGUCGGAUCCACCGUUUGCGAGUCAGGAAAAUGUUUGAUAAAACACGGAUCAUCAUGCGCAGAUAAUCUCAACAAUUGUGUGCCACAUGCUGCAUGUGUUUCGGAUGUUUGCCAGUGUGAUGUCAGCACAACGGUCGCAGCCCCCUCCGGCUUGUGCACUCUUAAGAAUGAGGGGAGUAAUUCAGCAAAAAUUUCCUUCUGGUUGUUGAUUGCGGCGUUGGUGUCCCUAUCUCUUGCUGACUAUUUGAUGUAACGCCUCUUCAAAGUCGACUUCUUGACAAGAAACCGCAUCCGUAGAGGACUGAGCAUAUCGUCUUUUUCUGUGAACAGAACUACAAUCUUAACACCCUUCACGAUUUUCUCAAUGUCUGUGGUAGUCAACAUUGAUUAAAGUGUCUCGUCUAAAUUAGGAAGUAAUAAACUUUUGUUUAGUCCGAUUUAUUUUAAUUACCGAAGUCUUCAGACAUCUUUCUGAUCUGCGUACUGAACUACUUUCAUCAAUCUUCUUGAACAGCCUUUUCAAUAUUAAUUAAAAAGCGCUGUAAAAUAAUAAACUUAUCUUUCCCAUGAAAUAACUUUACCGAAGAUCGGAGAGAUUUAUCAGAAACACUCUAUAUUAAUCAUACUUUUUGAAAUAAUACAGAUAACUCUUUAGCAAUUGAUUUGUGCAAAUGGUUUUGCACACAAAUGAUGUCAUUCUUUCUCGUGGCCUCAUCAGUCAAAAUGAGUAAAAUCUUUCUUUUAUCCCCGUUUUUUAGCGCUUUUGUUCUCCCAUUUUGACAGAGGAUCCAUGGCAUCCAGCACAUGGGGAAAAAUGAGGUCACCUGGCUAGGUCUGAGUAUCUUUGUGUUUGACAGGCCACGUGCACAAAUCAUUUCAAUCAAUUCAACUACACGAAAUGAAUAAAGACCUUAAAUCAGUAAUUUAUAACCACAAUGUCAAUGUGACAUAUCAUAAUUAUGUAAGAAUAUAUUCUCCAUUUAUAUAUAUAUUUAAGAAAACUACAAAUA